AUGGCUGAGACCAGGCGACUUACGGACCUAAUACACGGUCACGUAGGAAGUCUUACUUAUUUACCAGCUGAAGAUGCGACACCGCAGCUUGGCACUUUUCAUACCAGUCGCAUAACAUCUGAUGCACCGCACUUCAAAGUUGUUGGGUCAUCAGCAGAGCUAUAUCCCCCUUCAAAAUCUCCUUCCCCAGAAGUCUCUUCCAACCUUUGGCAAGAACGUAGAGUUCAGAAGCGAUGGCUUCUUCAGGCGCAUCCCGAGGCUUUCAUGGGCAACUCUGCCCUUGCCGGGCUCCUUCAUGAGAACAUGGACCGCUACUCAAAGAUCGAGGGCGAAGCCAGCGACCGACCAUUACUUUCUAUCGGACAAAUGACAAAUGUGUCUGACCAUUGGAGAAUUGCCGGGUCGCCAAUGCUGGCGGUUGCGACAGGAGAAUCAGGAGAGUUGCUUAGACUGGCUCGGAUCGAUCAAUCAAAGUGGAUAUGGGAUGACGACAAGCACACAACUCUUCAGCCUUCUGUUAUCGACCCGGAUGAUCCUGAUGAGGAGGUCAUCUGGGCGAGUGAUGGUCUGCCAAUUUCCCAAGUCAAAUUUGCAACCAGCCUCUCGAGAUACGAUGCCGUUCGCUGGCUUAUUGUCCAAAAGCAAACAUCGACCACGAUCCUUCACCCUGAGUACCACAAAGUUCCAGUGGCACAGUCCUCUACGUCCAGUCUCAGCAUUCAACCUCGACUGUCACGGAUAGACCCGAACCCAAUUCUGACCAUUCCGCAUCAGAUGACAGGUGGCAAUGCCCAACUAGAUGUCGCAUUUAACCCGAGCUCUAAAGGACAGCAACCUCAAGUCGCCAUCGUCGAUGAGUGCGGAUAUUGGUCCAUAUGGGAUAUUUUGGGAAACAAAUCGAAAACACGAAUGUCCUCUUUUAAAUGCGGACACAUCUCAGAUGGGCUUUUGGACAAGCUUCCCAUUUCAACGGAGCAUCCGGCUGAGAAACACGGCAUGUUGUUCGUCGGCACCGCCAAAGUAGACCGAUUCUGGGAGGAUGAAACACAGAGUGCUGAUGAGCUUGGAGGAUUGGCAAAGCGAUCGAGCCAUUUAUUGAUAUGGAACAGGGAGAAGUACGAAGUCAUUGAUCUUGUCUCGCACAUAGCUCUACCUCAGCUGUCGCUUCUAGCUCGCCCAAAGUCCAAACCUGAUGCGAUCCUUGAUAUCAAAGUCAGCCCAGCCAACCAAAACCAUGUAAUUGUCUUGACUAUGCGGAACCUUUACUGGAUCGACCUGUUUGCGGUUAGCAAGCAAGAGGAUGCAUCACCAAAGCCGACCAUCCUUAUCUCUUGCCCUCGUUUGCUAGAUAGAGAAGCACUGCGCAUGACGACCUGUCUUACCUCUGAAGGCGGGCAAGAGGCUGUUAUGGUGUUUGUCUUUUCUCCAACCCAUAGACAACUGCAAACCUACUGGUUCGCGCAUGGAAAGGAAAGCGGCCUUCCUUAUUGGCACCGUGACGUUUUCACUCUUCCUCAGAAUAGCAAUGCUGCGGAUGGAGAUAUCCAAUCGCUCGAAAUUCACCCAGUUGAGCUCAGAAAAGACAAAGACGCUACGACUGGUGUAGCAACUGACUAUCUCCGUGCUGGUGUUCAGUUCUAUCAAGGAAGCAUUUUGAGUAAAAGUCUAGGCGUGCAGUACUGCAUCUGCGUGUCCGUUAAAGACCGGAAUAUGCAGAUUACGUUGCCGACUGGGCGAGUUAAUCGAUUCAAGCUAGGUCAAGCACAGCGUUGGAGGAAGAAGCGCAAACAAUUUCUUCGACACAUGGGCACAGCCUUUGUGCUUCCUGAAGGCAUGGCCGAGGACAACAUCAAUGAAGCUGUGAAGCGCCAUCCUCGAACAAAUGAGCUUAGUGUCACCGACAACAAAGCAUUAGCAGCUUUCGGACCUAUGCGCUUGAAGCUGGACGUCGUGUGUCGGUCUCUUCAACAAGCCCUUCUCGCUAUUGCGGACAGCAUUCACGACAUUCCGCCUACCUUGCUUUUAGCUAUUCAGGAGAGCAUUGCUGAGGGCAUGGCCGAAGGAAGACUCCCCCUCAAGACCUGGAAAGAAAUCGGCAACGAGCUUGAUCCGACAAUAUUUGAAAACGUUGACAACGCCGCACAGCCAGAUAUGCUUGACUUAUUUCUUGGCGAUGAUGGGCAAACGGUCGUCACACAGCUUGGAAGACAGACUUCGCAGGAGUGGAUUCGAGAACUUGUCAGCUUGUCACAUCUCAACCAAACAUACGUGGAUUUGUGGCUAGACCCUUUGGAAGGGAGACUGCCUAAUGAAGAGGAGGAACUAAGGAGAGGAUGGAUUGCAGACUUGGCCAAGGACAUGUUUCUGGCAACAGCUGGUGUCAUGGUUCAGGAUAUGCCUCUUCUGGGAUCAGCAAAUCAGGGCGGGAUUAAACAAACUCAGCCCACGCAAUCGAGUGCAAUACGGAUUAAGUCGUCUCAGUCUUCGCAAGCUGGAAUUCCUUCUUCGCCUCCUAGCAUAAUUUCGAACAGCACAGACGAUGCGGCCGUCAGACGACUACAACUCCUCGCACCAUCACUACGACCGGACAGAAUGGAGUCUGCCAAAGUGUCAGGUGUUUUAUCACACUGGCCGACGGAACGUGGACUUACUACAGAUGAUUACAUUUCUAGCGUCGCUAUUGCUAGCGAUAAGAUGUUUGACGACGCAAGAAUGAGACUGCAGAGGAUUGAAAACAAGCGCAAGGCUCAUGCGGACAAAUACAAGCUGCCUUCCAGUAUGAGACCAGGCGGCCAGCCUAGAUCAAGCCAAGUUACACCAGCGAGCUUUCCCAGACCACAGCCAUCGCAGAUGCGUUCUCAGAGAGAAGAGCCAGUCGAGCUACCACCGAUGCCGAUGCCGGUGGCACCCGCCCCUGCACAAAUUAUGUCGAGCCAGCAAGGAGUACCUGGAUCGUCCCAGACUCAAGAACUUUUCGGUCCUUCGAUUGCCAUGAGCCAGCCUGUGUCUGGCAUAUUUGGUGAUAGGAAGAAGGCUAAAAAGAACAAGAGGAAGAGCGGAUUUAGAUGA